AUGUUGUCGCUGGCUCGCACUUCACAAGCCAGAGCCGCAGCCACGGCAAAGGCCAAAGUCAGAGUGGCGGCGGCUUGUCGCGGCGUGGGAACUCAGGCCCCCUGGAAACAGCGCGGAGAAAGCCAGAAGCAGAGACAAAGACAGCCGCAGAGAGACACAGAGACGGAGGAGACGCAGACGCAGACACAGUACAGGCCGCAGUCAAGGAGAAUCCAGGCCAAGGAAGCGGCUGCUCUGGGCGGCCCGCAACAGACUGCGACUUCGGCCGCGCGGUACUGGCCGAAGCUGGAGACGCCGAAGCAUGCCAAGCGGUUUACGUAUCACGACUUGGAUGGCGCUGAGGAGAAUGGGCCUGUGUCGGUUGCUUGGACGGACAAGUUUCUCUUUGUGGAGGAUCCGGCGACGGAGAAUGGCCGCCGGACGCUGAAGCCUGCGACGCUGCGGGAUAGCUGUGCUUGUCCGCGAUGCAGGGACACGUCGUCGGGCCAAAAGACGUUUUCGUCGGUCGAGAUUCCCGUCGAGAUUGGGCUGGAGCACGUCAAGCCGACGAAGAAGGGCCUGGAAAUCAAAUUCCUGAACGACAUCCCGCGGUUUGUGGAGAAUGGCCAGGAACAUGUCAUGGUUCUGCCCUGGGAAUCGGUCGACCUGUCGCUCAAGCGCAAGGGCAUGGAGGAUGUGCGUCUGCCUCGCAAGCGAUCUGUCCUGCGGCGCACGGGGGUUGUGUACUGGGAUCGCGAGACGAUUGCCCAGCAGGUGCGCAGGAUUGACUACGCAGAGUUUAUGAAGGACAAUAGCGAAGCGUUUUGGGACGUCAUCAUUGACAUUUGUCGCUUCGGCCUUGUCUAUCUGAAGAAUGUGCCGCGAGAUGAAGAGUCUAUUGUGCGCAUCACGACUCGCAUUGCAAACAUUCGCGAGACGUUUUACGGACGCACGUUUGACGUCCGCGCGAAGCCCAACGCCGAGAACGUCGCUUACACGAGCGGCUACCUUGGUCUGCACCAGGAUCUCCUGUAUCUCGACCCGCCGCCCAUGAUCCAAGUCCUGCACUGCAUGGACAACUCGUGCCCCGGCGGCGAAUCUCUCUUCAGCGACGGCGAGCGCGUUGGUCGUCUGCUCUGGCCCUUCAUCACCAGACAUCGCAUGGCGCCCCUGGCCGAGCACCACGUUCCCUAUCAGUACGGCAAAAACGGCUACCACUACUUUAGCUCUCGCUACGUGCUUGACGGUAACACCGCUGGCUUCUCAAAUGUGUACUGGUCGCCUCCUUUCCAGGGCAAGUAUCUCAGCCCCGUCAAGGACAUUCGCCAGUGGAUUGAGCCGGCGCGCAUCUUCGCCUCGCUGAUUAAUGACAAGGAGGCCAUCCACGAGCACAAGAUGGAGCCUGGUGACUGUGUGCUUUUCGACAACUUGCGCGUGCUGCAUGGACGGAAUGCGUUUGAUGUGUCGGCGCAGGGUGGAGGGUCGAGAUGGCUGAGAGGAGCGUAUAUUGCCGCCGAGGACUUUUUGUCGAGGGCGGCGCAUAUACCCAAGGGGAUGGCGGAGAAGUAUCGUGGGGAGCAGCCGUGGACGCCGGGAUUGGCGCAGCAUAGGUUGAAGCAGAGUGCGUGGCAUGAGGAUGUUGUGAGGAUGGUCAAGGAGCUUGAUCCUGGCGUGGAAGCGUGA